AGUGGGAGAGAGAACUAGUGGCCAACUUCCGUGGGGACGAAAUACCCAAUGACGGAAGCGACAACGAAUCCGAACAAGAUGUAUCUGUUCCGGGAAACGAUCUCAGCUAUCCUGACGUGUUGAACAUGCUUCAGAUUUUAAAGGACUUUGCAAUACAGAAAGAUGAACGUUUCCUAUUGCAUGUACAGGAAUUAGAAAGUUUAACGCAGGCAACCAUUGUUAAACACAGAUGUGAAAGACAACAGACAUCGAUGGAUACGUUUCUCAACCUUACUCCAGUGGGCAGAACAAUUCUACAAUCAAUUUCAGCAGUGGAUAAAGACCUGGGAAAGAAUGGCAGCGUGUCGUACAGCAUUUUGCCUGGCAAAGGCAAUGUAAAUGAUGGUUCCCAAAAAUUUGGAAUUUCAACUUCUUCUCCACCAGUUUUAACUGUUCUACAGCCUUUGGAUUUUGAAUCUGUUAAUGAAGUUGGUAUUCCCAUCUACGAACUUGUCAUUCAAGCCAAAGAUCAACCGGACAGCAGUGUUAAUCAGCUGACAACCACCACAAAAGUAACUGUAUUGAUAACAGAUGGCGAUGACCAGGGUCCAGUUUAUGAAUACAGAGGAUGCAAAAUGACAACACAGAAACCGUUCGUCUGUUACAACGCAGAAUAUAGCGUGACUGUGAAAGCUGGAGAAACGGUCGUCCAGAAGGGCUGAUAAACAAGUUUGACCCUCCUCGAGCCUUUCCUCCCAAACGUGGCAGUUUUCUGUAUACAACGAGCCUUAUCUUGAACCAAACCAUUGUCAGGAGCGAAGUGAUUAACAACGAGUUCGAAAUUAUCUUACGGGCAACAGAAGCCGGCCAGCCUUCGACAGGACCAAGUCGAUAUCAAAUGGCUGUCAUCAGGGGGAAGAUCUUGACCAUUUCCGGUUCUCCAAAAGUACAUACCAAUUAUGUGCUUUCAUUCAUGUCACUGUGCAUAAUACAUUUGUAUCUGACUGGGUAAACCAUUAACCUACAUAGUCCAUGAGCCAGACCAGUUAUUGGUACCACCUGGGUGGGCAAAGUCUACCAAUGUUUUUCUGAAAGCCCUAUGCCUAUAGAUAAUAAAAUCACUUGAUAGACCUUCAGAACUCACAGCUUAGUGGUAGUAUUCACACUUUGAAGUAAGGCACUUGCGUCGGUUUGGAUCAGUCCAACUGUGGGGUAGGGCAAAUGUAAAAUAGACUUUCUUGAUGACCAAUGGUCCGUUUUUCACAAAUUACCCAUCAAAAGGUUUGUCUUGAUGGGUACUACAGACAGUUUAAAUGAGGUAUCGUGCAAUUGCGUUCAUUAAGUAGGUCACCAGAGGUCAAGAGGUCACAAAAUUUGACAUAUGCCCAAAAUUUGGAUGCCUGACAGAAAAUACUCUAUAAAACCCAUAUGCAUUAGAUUAUUUUCA